AUGCUGGUCAUUUGUCUUUUAUGGUUCCAAGCCACGCUGGUCGUGGCACAGCUGGCCAAUGUGGCAGCAGUGCCAAGGGAGGGAGCAGCUGCGAAUACUUCCGCAGCGGACGUACCUGAGGAGUCGGCGAUAUUCCUUCCGAAAACAGAUUUGAAUAAACUAGUGGGCAGCGAGCUCUCGACGGAUAGGGGAUUGAGUGGAACACUCGAUGCCGUUGUUGAGCCGACAGUUGUGCCGGAGGUUGUGGGAAACCCCGAAGAGCCAACGACGUCGACGGAGAAGCAGGAUCCACUUGCAACUACUCCCCCAGAGCCGGGCGAACCGGCCGUGGAUCCCGGGUCUACUCAAGAGGUUACCGUGGAAGAGAGCUCAACGGCAGUGCCAAUCCCAGAGCCGGCCCCUACUCAAGAGGGCUCUCAUGCGGUGCAAACACAGGAGCUAGAACUGCCCAUUCAAACGAGGUCGGAACAGCAGCAGCAAGAGCAGCCAACUCCGGAGCCUACAGUGCUACCGUUGCCCAUUUCUGUCCCUGCCAACCUUGAUCCUGCCACUUCACCUGCGGCAAGUCCUGGCAUUGACUCAACUCUCGCUCCUAUUACGUCUUCUUCCAGGACAGCGAGCGCUAAUGAACCGUUUGCGGAACUACCAAAAAUCCCAGCAGCACUAGAGUCCACUACCGCUCCGACUAUUGUUCAACAGCCAAAUGCACCUGCCCAACCUGAGAGACUUAGGACUUCGGAAGGGGGACCAGUCCCAACGACGAAAGGCAUUGUUGCCAGCACUUCUGGCCCGGUAUUUGUGUCCAUUCCUCCAGUGCCGACGGGACCUGUUGCGGCUGUUGAUGGUGUUGGUACGCAAGACUUGCCCAUCCUCAGCAGCAUACUUGGCAUUUCUGCUACCGCCAGCACCAUUGUCAGCACGAUCACACAGCCUCGGCCUAGCACUCUUCCCGGAAGCUCAAAUGAUAACUUCUCCGAAGACAUUGAUUUCACGGAUACGCAACCCAAACUCCCACCAAGCUCGGAGGAAACCCGGCUUCCUAUGUCAACAAAAAUCGGUAUUGCGAUCGGAGUAGCUGGCGGAGCGGUUGUCCUCCUAGCAACGGCAGUGUUGGUGCUAUGGCGGAGGAGGAUGGGUCGAGGAGCUGAACAUCGUGAGCAGGCUAGCAAGAAUGACGUCGAGAAAAAUGGUGGACGUAUUACUCCAGAGGAGAAACAAAAGAUGGACUGGGAGAGCAACCAUGACGUUGAGUUUGAUUUUGCCAAGUUCCUGAGGCGCGACUGGAAUGGAGACGUGGGAGCAGUUCCGAAUGGUGACAAUAAAGAUGGGAUUGGGGUUGUUGUCAGUACGUCGCAGCAGCAGGGGCUGCCAGAGCAAGCCCCAGUGGAGCUUGACGGAACUCCAGUGGCCCCGCCUUUAUGUCGAGAUUGA